AUGAUCACAGUGGUGCGACCGUACGAGCCUCCGCCCGAUUAUCCGCUCGGAGACGAAAGAGAGACCAAAGAAGAUAUACGAUCAGCGUCGGACACACAAAGUCGCCAACGGACAAACAGGGGCUACAGGCCAGCCUCGCAAACCGGGGGCAUGUUGAGGACCAGGCAAUACCCGGAGGUUGCCGGUUUAUAUGGAGGUGAAGAUCAAGCACCAGCAUUGAGACGUUUCACCAGGUACAAUCAAUCGCUGAGCCAUCGCGACCACACAUUUACACUCAGUGAACAACCAUCAACGAUUACCGGGAAUAGCAAAAAGUCGCCAUUCGCUUUCAAUAAUUGGACGUUUCGAGAGAAGAAGCCGAUCCGUGGCGCAAUACCGUUUGCAAAAGCGCCGAAGAGAGAAGAACGGCCAGCCUCGGUAAACCUAACAGACCUACGCGGCAGCAGAAGCCGAAGUGAAGGUGGCCGAUUUCUGGAAGGUUUCCGAGAAAGUGGAGAUUCCUCUACUCGCCCUGAUAUCGGGUGUCGGAUACCGAUCCGAGUCGACCGCACAUUAAUGCAAGAGAACGUGCGCCCGGGCUCUAACCGAGUACUAUUCCGAAGUCAACCGCCACCACUAGUUAAAAAUGUCAUCCACGAUCAAAAUGUUCACCCUCCCGCAGUGACUACAGCAACAACAAAUAGUCCAGAAAGCAAUGAUAUUCAUCUUCGCAAGAGCUGCCCAUCAUUAAAUGAUAGCGUAGCAAUAGGAAAUUUGGGUCAACAUCGUGUGAGCACAAAGAAAAACCGCCGAAAAGAACGCGUCCGGGAAGGGUGGAGGAAUAAGCCGCUAAAGGAAUGGCAUUUAAACGAUAUAUUACUUUGGUUACAAGCUAUUGGUCUUGAUGAUGUAGCGUCGCUGCUUGUCGGUUAUGACUUGAAGGGGACCGACCUGGAAACAUGGGACCACGCCAGUUUAACGCAGCUUGGAAUUUCUCAAGAAUAUGUGAGAAGUAAAAUAAUGAUGGAACUGCGAUCAUUGGCUUUACCGAACGAACGAACCGAGAGUUCCGAUCGACAAUCGAGCAUGUUUGAUUUGGUGCGAAAUACGGCAUUCGACCAGGUGCUUGCCUUUGAGACAUCGCUGACACCACGAGAUCUGUCAGCAACAGCCGGCCGGCUUGGCUGUUUACAGGUCACGAAAGUGGACGGUUCGCGGUUGCCUUUGAAGGAAAAUGAUUGUUUACUGGAAAUCAAUGGGUUGCCUGGCGAACAUUUUAAAUCCGCCUUAAUGCUCACAAAAUUGAUAAGUGUAUCUGACGGGAAACCAAUUCGAUUCGUGGUGUUGCGAAGGAAAGCUUCGGAGGGUCGGCCAUCGGAUGAGAGUUAUUCCUCGUCUGGCGUCUCUUCCUCACCCAUCAACUCGGUGACCAGCAAGAACCUC